CCAAGGCAAGCACUUGAAAGGAGCCUAAGGAUUUUUUCAUAUAUCGUAUGCUCCACUUAUCUUCGCAUUGUCUGAUCGUAGUAACCUGUCAGUGAUAUUUCUUUGUCAGUCCUUCUUGUUUUUUUGUGCUAUUUUACUACUUUUUGGACAUACGUGGAUAUAUUUUACCUUCACUGGAUAUCUGCCUCUGUCUGCUAUUGCUUAAUAGCGGACCAAGAACCUAAACACAAAAUGACUUUGCUAUUAACCUGUUUGUUGGUGUUGAUAUCGACGCAAUUGGUUGAGUCGUCCGGUGUGUUUGAGCUGAAAGUGCACGCAUUCAGAAGCACUCGCGAUGUUUGCAGAAGGUCCAGGGAUUGCAGGAUCUUUUUCCGAGUGUGCCUCAAGCACUCUCAGGAUGUCAUCCUCCCCGAACCUCCAUGCACCUACGGCACUGGACUGACGGAAAUCUUCCGCGCAGAUCAGAGUGCUAUCUCCAGUAGCGCUCCCAUCAAGGUCCCCUUCCAUUUCAAGUGGCCGGGUACGUUUUCGCUCAUCAUCGAAGCUUGGAGCGCCGAGUCUUCAGAACAGUCCACAGAUAACCAAAACAAUCUCAUCAGCCGCAUCGCCACCCGUAGGAGACUAGCCAUCGGCGAAGACUGGUCACAGGACGUCAAUUUUGGAGAGCAAAGCGAGCUGCGUUAUUCUUACCAUGUUGUGUGCGACGAGCAUUACUACGGCGACAGCUGCUCCGACUACUGCAGACCCCGCAACGAUACCUUCGGACACUAUACAUGCGACGGUGCUGGCAACAGAGCAUGCCUGGCUGGUUGGAAAGGCGACUACUGCUCAGAACCCAUCUGCUCGUCUGGCUGCAGCGACAAGCACGGUUAUUGUGAGUCCCCCGGCGAGUGCAAGUGCCGCCUCGGGUGGGAAGGCCCCCUGUGCAACGAGUGCGUGCGCUAUCCCGGCUGCCUCCACGGCACCUGCGGGCAACCGUGGCAGUGCGAGUGCAAGGAAGGCUGGGGCGGGCUGUUCUGCAACCAGGACUUGAAUUACUGCACCAACCACAAGCCGUGCAGGAACGGCGCUACCUGCACCAACACCGGCCAGGGAAGCUACACCUGCACGUGCCGUCCAGGCUUCAGCGGCAACAACUGCGAGAUUGAGACCAACGAGUGCGACAGCAACCCGUGCAAGAAUGGAGGAAGUUGUAACGAUAUGGAGAACGACUACUCCUGCACAUGUCCCCAGGGUUUCUACGGAAAGAACUGCGAGAUCAGUGCCAUGACCUGUGCCGACGGUCCCUGUUUCAAUGGGGGCACCUGCGUGGAGAAGAUGACCGGAGGGUACACCUGCCGAUGCCCGACCGGGUACACGGGGUCCAACUGCGAGAAGAAGCUGGACCGCUGCAGCCAUAAUCCCUGCGCAAACGGCGGUCACUGCCUUGACCUCGGUCACAGCCUGCUGUGCCGCUGCCGGUCCGGCUUCACUGGCGCCCGCUGCGAGAUCAACAUCGACGACUGCGCCAGCAACCCGUGCCGCAACGCGGGCACCUGCGUGGACGGCAUCAACGACUACACCUGCACCUGCACCCUGGGCUACACUGGCAAGGACUGCGGCGUGCGCGCCGACGCCUGCAGCGCCUACCCCUGCCAGAACGGCGGCACCUGCUACACCCACUUCACCGGUGCCGUCUGCCAGUGCCCGGCGGGCUUCAUGGGGCCACGCUGCGAGUUCAGCGUGCGGAGCCCCGAGGGGCCCAAGGGCUUCCCCGUGGCGCUGGCCGUGUCCUUCGCCCUGGGCCUCAUCACCCUCACCCUUGUGGUGUGCGCCGCUGUCUACGUCCUGCGGCAGAUGCGUCAGGGCCGCAAGAGCCUGGGAGCCUCGGUGCGCAACGACCUGGAGACCAUCAACAACCGCGCUCCGUCCUUCCCCCGUGAGAAGGAGGCUUUCCUCAUCCCGGGAGGGCCCUACAAAGUCUCCAACAAAGACGCCGAGCUCAGUGCCAGCGAGGCGGCCUCCGACAAGUCGGCCUACAAGCACAAGCUGAAGGACUACAACCUGGCUGAGGAGGAGCGAAACUCCAAGAGCAAGCUGGACCAAAAGAAAUCUGAAUCCAGUAUUUUGGUCCCCCAACUAAGCUUCCCAAAAGAAGGGCUAUAUCAUCCGGUCUACAUCAUCCCUGAGCAGAUUGACCAGUGUGUGUUUGCUACUGAGGUUUAACGACAGUAUUCCAGAUCUGGAGCACCUCAUCCACAAGGGACCCUGUCCGGACAUGUUUACAUUCUUUUUAACAGACAUUUGAAAAAAUGAAGAGUAUAUAUUAUAUCUAUAUUAUUUAUUAUUUAUUCAUGCUGCUCUUUUUUUUAAACCGACUACUUCUGGGGAGGAGAACCUUUUUUCUGAGGAAGGAAGGAGAAUUGUGGGAAGAUGGAGGGGGACAGAAAGCAGGAAGAAUGGCCGGAAUUAUUUGCACUACAUUUUUCUCCCAGUACUCUUUUCCAAUGUGUUUUGAAAUAACUGAAAGAGCAAAGAAGAAACGAGAACAUUCCACGCAGGACGUAGUAAACCAAGGAUUUCUGUAAAAGCAGAAGAUAGGAUCUUUCUCUUCCACUAUCUAUCCAAAUGUCAUGUGAACUUCAAAGAGCAGAACGAGAACAACAAUGGUGCCUUUCCCUCCAGACAGAAGACAAAAGGGCCUUAGAAGACAAGCGAAAACACAGCUUUUAAGACGGGACAUUUUGUCAGGGUAUCGCAAUGCUAUGAUCAAGAAGAGCUCCUUGGAAUGUAGAAGUGAUCUCAUUGUAGGUGAGGGCCAAGACUCAAGAACGAGGUGUGCGAGUCCAAAGUGGCCUCUUUGGAGCACCCGCGGGAUCCACGUCUGUUUUGGCUGAUGUCUCAGUUUGUAGAUGUAGGCAUCAGAAGCGUAUUUUUCACCUAGUAAUGCAUUUAAAUUUUUAUCGAUGAUAGUAAUAAUUGGGGAAAUGUUGCCUUGGAGAAACGGAGCAGGCAGGUUUUGUGAUGCCAAAACCCAAUGCCCAUUUCCAGUUGGACACAUUUCUCCAGUGCAUAUCACCAAUAUGCUCUAAUGAAGCUAAUGAAAGCAUUCCAAGGGAACCCAAUGGGUUACAAUUAAAUAAGUGCCUGUUCUUUACGAAAUAUAAAAAUAAUAUGAGUUAAGAAAAAAGGUACUGUAUUUUAAC